AGUCUGGAGUUGACUCUCACCGUUAUGAUUGACUAGUUGAUUUUCCUCUAGGUUUUUAUAUCAUGCAAAACUUUCAAUGAAUCAUAUAAAUCACAUUAAUUCAUCUCUUAUUUCAUUCACACAUAUAUCAUAGUACUAACUAUAUGAUAUUUUUCAUAUUUCUACUCUUAUUAUUCUCCUUUUUUCAUGGAAAUCAGAUUUCUAAAAAUAUAGGAAAUUAUAUGAUUAAUAAUAUAAAGGUUAGAACUUUGCUAAAUUUGGUUAUUUGGGGAUAAUUUCCUCCAUUUUUCUAAUUCAUAACAAUUAAAAAAUGGCUUUAUUUCAACCUUCUUCUUCUCAAUCUGGUUAUAUUUUCUGGGUUUUUCUUGUUCUGGGUUUGAUUUUAAACCAAGGUUUAAUUUGUCAUGGAGGAAAAACUAGCAAAUUUGUUAGAAAAGUUGAAAAAACCAUUGAUAUGUCUCUUGAUAGUGAUGUCUUCUCUGUUCCUUCAGGCUACAAUGCACCUCAACAGGUUCAUAUUACUCAAGGAGAUCAAAAGGGAAGAGCAAUGAUUGUUUCAUGGGUAACAAUGGAGGAAAGAGGUUCAGAUGAGGUAGUCUACUGGAAAGAGAAUAGUAAGGAAAAAAGAAGUGCAAAAGGAAAAAUGUCUAAGUACAAGUAUCAUGAUUAUACUUCUGGGUAUAUUCAUCACUGCACCAUCAAGAAUUUGGAGUAUGAUACCAAAUAUUACUACGAAGUAGGUGUUGGACAAACCCCAAGGACAUUCUGGUUCAAGACUCCACCUAAAGUUGGUCCUGAUGUUCGUUACACUUUUGGUCUUAUAGGGGAUCUUGGACAAAGUUAUGAUUCAAACGCGACUCUGACUCAUUAUGAACAAAACCCGAUCAAAGGGCAAACUGUGUUGUUUGUUGGGGAUCUUUCAUAUGCAGAUAAUUAUCUUAAUCAUGAUAAUAGGAGAUGGGAUUCUUGGGCAAGAUUUGUUGAGAGAAGUGUUGCCUACCAGCCUUGGAUUUGGACUGCAGGAAAUCAUGAGAUUGAUUUUGCCCCUGAAAUUGGUGAAACACAGCCUUUCAAGCCUUUUAAGAACCGGUAUCCCACACCUUACAAGUCAUCAAACAGUACAGCUCCUUAUUGGUACUCGAUCAAGAGAGGCCCCGCUUACAUAAUUGUUCUCUCAUCAUACUCUGCAUAUGGAAAGUACACGCCACAGUUUAAAUGGCUUGAGGAAGAGCUCCCAAAGGUCAACAGGAGCGAGACACCUUGGUUGUUUGUCCUUGUGCACUCUCCAUGGUACAAUAGCUACAAUUACCAUUACAUGGAAGGAGAGACGAUGAGAGUCAUGUAUGAGCCUUGGUUUGUCGAAUAUAAAGUAGAUAUUGUGUUUUCGGGUCAUGUUCAUGCUUAUGAGAGAUCUAGACGUAUAUCAAAUAUUGGAUACAACAUCAUUAAUGGAGAAUGUAAACCAGUUGAAGAUCAAUCUGCUCCUGUUUACAUAACAAUAGGAGAUGGAGGGAAUCUUGAAGGUUUAGCAACCAAUAUGACGGAACCACAACCGAGUUACUCAGCUUUUCGAGAAGCCAGCUUCGGACAUGCCAUUCUUGAUAUCAAGAACCGGACUCAUGCUUACUAUAGUUGGCAUCGUAACCAAGAUGGUUACGCUGUGAAAGCAGAUUCUGUUUGGUUUUUUAACAGAUUCUGGCAUCCUGUUGCUGAAUCUACUAGUGCUGUUGUAUGAUACUACUAAUUAUUCAGCACAUUGCCAGUUGCUUCAUUUUUAACUUGAUCUGUCUUUUCCUUUUUAUGUGCUUUGCUAGAUAUAAUGCAUGAGGUGUUUAUAAUGGAGUAAUAAGGGUUACAAAGUCCCCUGUAUCUUCUUAAGUUCUCAAAUUAGCAUUUAAGUUAUAUUAUAUAGGCAAUUUUUUUUGUUAAGAUAGGGACUUUCUUCCUGUUAAUUGGAGAUGAUUAAGAGUCUGUUGUUGAUCAUAUUGAAUGCUUCUUCUGAUCAAGAAACUCUCUUGCAUUUCUAAGAAUUGCAAAAAUGAAAAAAAAAGGUUUGUCAUUUCUAA